AUGGAAAUUCUCGAGGAAAAAUGGGAAGCAUUAGAAUGUCGAAAGGAGGACAUAGAAUCACAAAUGAUGAAUGCACAACCAGGAAAGAGCCCAAAAAUAGAAGUUAAAAAUUGGCUCCAAAAGGUAGAAAAAAUGAAAUCGGAGAUAGAAAACAUUAAACAAGAAGCUGACAAAAGGAUGUGUUUCUCACGUAUGAAACUAGGAAAACUUGCAUGUGAGAAGAGACAAAAGGUUGAAGAACUUCGUCAAGGAGGUGAUUUCAGUGAUGGUUUGGUAGUUGAUCCACCUGUAACUGUAAGCCAUGGAGAAAAAUUGUCAACUACAACAUUAGUGGGAGAAUCUACAGCCAAAAGAACAAAGGAAAAGAUUUGGCAACACUUACUAGAUGAAGAUUCUAGAAAGAUUGGUGUUUAUGGCAUGGGAGGCAUUGGAAAAACAACGAUCAUGAAACAAAUUAAUAAUGAUCUAUUAGAAGAGAAAAAGUUCGAUAACGUAAUUUGGGAGACUGUAUCAAAGCCAUUUAAUGUUAUCAAGCUUCAACAGGAUAUUGCAUGCAAGUUGAAUCUAGAUCUCUCAAAGGUUUCGGAUGAAACUACAAGGGCAAGCAAGCUAAACAAUGCAUUGGAAGAUAAGAAAAGGUAUGUGCUAAUUCUAGAUGAUAUGUGGGAAGCAUUUCGUCUUGAGGAAAUAGGGAUUCCAGAGCCUACUCCAUCAAACGGAUGCAAAUUAGUAUUGACAACUCGAAAUAUUGAUGUUUGUAGAAAAAUGGAUUUUAAGAAAAUUAAGAUGGAGCUUCUUUCAGGAGAUGAGUCAAGGAAUUUGUUUUUUGAUACAGUGGGGAGUAAUGUUUUGAAUGUUCAAGAUAUAAAACCAAUUGUGGAGGAAGUUGUUAAAGAAUGUGCUUGUUUGCCUCUUGCAAUCAUCACGAUAGCGGGAAGUUUAAAAGAUGUAGUUGAUGCUUCAGAGUGGGAGGACGCAUUGUAUAAGUUGAGGUCAACAAAAAAAAGUCCGGAAAAUUUAGAUGCUGAAAUAGCUGAGAGGCUUCGAUUCAGUUAUGACCGCUUAAAAGAUGAGAAACUUCAACGUUGUCUCUUGUGUUGUGCGCUAUACCUGGAAGACUACGAGAUUAGCAGAGACAAGUUGAUAGAGCAUUUGAUUGAUGAGAAAGUAAUAGAAAGCAUGAAGAGUAGGAAAGCAGAGUUUAAUAAUGGUCAUGUUAUGUUGAAUAAUCUUGAAAAUGCCUGCUUAUUAGGUGGGUCUAAAGAUUUUAGAACCAUUGAUAUUUUAGAAAAAAGGCGUUUUGUGAAGAUGCAUGAUCUAAUAAGAGAGGCAGAUGCUAAGUUCCUGGUAUCAGUCUAUGUUCCAAAAGAAGAAGAAUGGGGAAAUGAUGUUGAAAAGGAUUCUUUGAUGUGCAAACGUGGUUCAAAAUUUCCUAAUGUGUCACCAAAAUGUCCUAAGCUUUCGACCUUGCUUCUACGAGGAUAUGUAAACAUCAUCCCAGAUUCAUUUUUUGUGCACUUGCAUGGACUCAGAGUUCUACAUGUAGAUUGUCUUGAGUUUGAAUCUUUACCAAAUUUAGUCUCUGACUUGAAGCAUCUUACUUCAUUAAGGCUUAUUAAUAGUUUUCAUAUUAGGCGUGUGCCUUCAUUAGCAAAGCUUACAGCAUUAAGGAGUUUGGAUCUUUCGGGAGGAUCACUGGAAGAAAUACCUCAUGGUUUGGAAAUGUUGGUCAAUUUGAGAACCUUAAUGUUGAUAGUUAUAACAUGA